UACUUUUCCCAAACCCUUAAGAACCCGAUUCUUCUUAUCUGAACAACCCAAUCAAAUCUCCACCGUCCAUUUAAACAAAAUCCAAAUCCAACCGUUGAUCCUCUCUCUCUACCUCUUCAUCAUCAGAAGAUAGCUGAUGUAAUGAGCAAUUAGUUUUUCUCUUUCGGUCACGAAUUCUCAGACACCGUUUUCCACUCACUCCGCGCCAACGAAAAUUAAUCCCCAAAAACUACAAAAGAAAAAAAAACGAAACCCUUUCAGAGUCUUUCUUUUUUUCAUGCACGAAAUGAUGCCUCACUCUCAGAUCUUUCAAAACAACCAAAACUACGCCGUUUGGACGCAUCCCCUGCCGCCGUACCCGCCGGAGAACGCGGCGGUGUUCUCUCGCCGGGAGACGUUCAAUCCACAUCCGGGUCGGGUCACUGGGAACAAAAGGAAAGACUGCCACCGAACCGGGUCGGGUCCGCCGGCGUUACGUUCCGGCGGGAAAGGUCGCCGGAUUCACCACCCGAAGCGAAUUUUCGGCCGGGGCGGUGGCAGCAGUCGACUCACGCCGCCGUUCGCGCCGCGCAACACGACGUCGUUCAUAAUCAGGGCGAAGAACUGCGGCGGCAUGGUGUCGCCGCCGACUCCAGAGGCGGCGAUUUUUCCGGCGGCGUCUCUGUCUCCAGCGACGUUCGACGAGAAGUCGGCAAAGGAGCAGUGGGGCUUCAACGGCUACGGCUCCAUGAAGGGCCUUAUCCGGCUCCGGCCCGGAAACUUGGAUUCCGGCGCCGGCAGGUUCGAGAUGGUGUACCCUAAUUCCGGUGAAGAACAUAAUAACUUGGACAAAAGGGUUUCUGAACAGGACACCCAUAUUGCGCACCUUGAAGAACAGAAUUGGACGCUGAAAGAGAGACUUUUGUUCAUGGAAAGGCAAUUGGAUGACAUGAGAAGGAGGGUUCACUUCUUGGAGACCGACGGAGCGAUGAGCCACGGCGGUGAGGGCGGGGCCGAGAAUUUCCCCGCCGCGGGAGAUGUUUGCUAUGUAAAGAGCCACAUAAAUAAUAAAUAAUAAUAAUGGUGACAAUAAUGGUGAUGACAAUAGUAAUCAUACUUUUCUUUAACCAUUUGUUUAGAUAAUAAGUUUAUUUUUUACCUUGGUAGGUGAAUAAAAGAUUGUAUAAACAUGACAUGUAGCAUUAGUUUCAUUAGGUUUAAUUUGGUUUGGUUUCAAUAAUUAAUAUAAAUACUCUUUUGUAAUUUAACUAUUUCAUGAACAAACUUGGAUUUUGUCUUGUUGGUUUAGUUAGGAGUUAGGUAGGACUUUGAAA